AUGUCAAAGACUGACUUCCGUGGCAGUCUAGGACCUUCGAAGGACAUCAACGCUCUAACACUUGAAAGUGAUGCACCAUCCUUGAAGCACAAAAUCAAUUUUGGUGACUCGGUCACCCCUCGAAAGCGAUGUAUUCUAGAAUCCUAUUCUACAGGCAACAUGUGUCAAGUUGUUGCGGUAUAUUCUGAUAUCAUGUCUGACAUUUUUAUGAAACGUCAAGUGGAUGUUCAACUAGGUCCCUUUGGGAUCAAAUGUGUGACACUUUAUGAGCCAUGCAACACCAAGACCUUCAUAUGGUCCCUACCUGCGGAAAUCCUCAUUGCUACCGUCGCACUUCUAGGAGCGCAAGAUCUGUGUUCUGUCACGCAAGUUUCUUCUCUGUUAAGAGAAAUCGCUGCUCCACUGUUCUUCAUCCAAAGAAACUUUCCAACUUCCCCGAAGAAUCUAUUUCACAUUCGUGUGGACUCGCCAAAUUUUGACGUCUUGUCAACUUGGAGACGAAUGGAUAAUUUUUGUCCGCCGCGUAUGGUGCUGAGUUGGCUGGAUUCUGAUUUGCGAUCCUCACAGAUAUCCGCAUUGUCGCACUUCCUCAAGUCCAUCCCCCACAAGUCGAUAACAUACAUCACACUGUUUUGGAAUUUCGACAUUUCCACUUCCCCAGUUCUCUCUCAAAUAGUUGCAUUACUAGAAAAUAUCUGUGCUUCUGACGUCAAAGAACUGACGUGCAUGGGUUUCUGUGAUGGUGCAGUCUCGCCGUCUAUCACUGGCCUUACCCGAAUCCAGGCGUGUAUAGGUGCGAACAACCUGAAAGCCUUUGAGGCAUCUUGCCGGGUGUUUUUUUCCCCAAAGAUCCUUCCUUUCACAAUCCAGACCAUCCGUCUUUCCCCCUGUUUGGAAAAACUUCGACUGAGUUCCAUCAAGCUCAGUGCUGCACACUGGGACAAACUCAUGCGCCACUUCACGAUCCCAACACUUGUCGAACUCCGAGUCGAUGCUGAUUCUCAUGAUGCAUCGCCCGACUACAUCACUUCCAUUUUACAUCAUUCUAGUGCAGCGAUGAUGUGUUGGUCGGGCACCCAUUUGAUGGUCCGCAUCAAACACUUGGUGAUUGACUGCUCAGAUGGUUCAGCCAGUGCUACAGGUGCUACAAGUGAUUCAUUGGCACUAUCUACGGCUUGGAUUCAAGCCCUUCCUCAAGUCAAGCGUGUUACUUUGCGAGGUUACUCGGCUACUGCUGCUGGGGAUCUUGUUGAUAUUAUGUGUAGCUUUGCUCCAGGCGAUGUCGAACUGGCUGUGGAUCUGCAGGUCUCACCAGAAUUUUGUUCGCUCGAAGCGAAUCUAAGUGCCAAUCUCAAAUAUGUAGCUCCUUGUAAUUUGGCAUCGCCCAUAACAACCCGAGAUCCAGACCUUGUCAGAUUAUCGACAGCAGCUAGUGUGCGCAAUGCUGCAACAUUGGAGAAGACGGCAUGCCUGGGAAUCCUGGCGGCAAAGAAAUACCCACCGCUACUGAAAACCGUCGACAAUCUCGCUGCCGAGUUAUUUGCUAUCACAUUAACCGACAACGACGUCAAUCCAGACAGUCACAGCAAACUCUGGAAUUCCUGUGCAGAAGUUCAGCAGGAGAAGAGACAAGCCUAUCAUUCUCUGGAUGGUACAGCUACAUUCAUGGUAGAUGACACGCAACACAUUGCCCAAGAUCUUCAGGCUGCUGAGAAGCGACUGCUGCUCAAAGGCUCAAGAAGCUUUGGAUAUUGUAGAACCAUCCGAGAUGAACUGGCUGUGAUCAUGAUGGCCCUAAGAAACGUCAAGCACAAGGUCUCAUGCAUCGUUUCUCAUAGAAGUCAGCUAGAGGGGUCGUGCAAUGACAUGCACAGACUCCUCUGUGACAAGGAAGACGCACUUUCUGUGUCAUCCGAGCCGAUUGAAUUUGAUUCGUGGGCUGUAUCUGUCGUCAUUUUUGGCAUCAGUCGCAGACAUGGGGAGUUUUUCAUGGGAGUCCUUGCCCUCAUUUUGAGCCUUGCUAUGGAGGCUCAGAACCCUCAUUCUGAGUCCCGCCGUCAAAACACACACUCUCAAAUCCCACGCUCUAUGGAAACCGCCCUAUCACACUUCAAGCUCGAUGGCCAGACUACAGCUUGCGUGCCCUCUGCUGAUGGAAAAUUAGAACCAAUCAAAAUAUUCCUUUAUCACCACUUCCACAACUACCUCACUGGAUUGCUGUCUUGUCCCAACCUUGAAGUGUUGAUGGAUAGGCCUUGCGAUGAUUUGCUGGCGUCUAUUGGCAGCCCACCUCAUAUUAUCAAGGAUGUUUGGGAUGCCAACUUCUUUCGCACUUUCAAAGGUCCUUCCGGGCAAUCCCUAUUUAUCGAUAGAGGCACUGAGGGUCGAUACACUUUCACGCUCAACCUUGAUUUUUUCAACAUUGAAGGCAAUCUCCAACGAAAUGCCUCGACCUCUACUGGCAUCAUCUCAUGUGCAUACAUCCAGACUGAAGAUUGGGUUCUUAGGGACAAGAACGAAGUUCAUCACUAUGCUGAGCUCUGGAAGAAUGCUGAAACUUCGGUUGAGCGCAACAAAUUGUUUUCAUUGCACAGUGUGCGAUGGUCAACACUCUGGAGGUUAUCAUACUGGGAUCCCUCUCAUCAAAUUGUGGUCGACAAUAUGCAUUGCCUCCUGGAGGGUCUCGUGCAUGCUCAUUUCCAUGAAUUUCUAGGCCUCACAGCCGACUCCACCAAUCUGCAAGUUUGA